AUGUUCACAAGGAGUCAAUCGGAUUCUCUGUUGGAGAAAUUGAAAAACCUUGAACAUUUGUUGGCAGUAAAAGCAGUUGACCUCGAUGUGGAGGAAAUGUUACUGCCAGUUGUCAAGAAAAAUAGAAAGUGGCUGCAGGAAAUCAUUGUAGGCUACAACAAGUUAAACAAGGAUAUCGGAAAGUCGUCCAGUGGGCAUGAAGAAGAGGUCCAGGAGCUGCAAAGACGAGUAGAAGAAGCAAUUAGCAAAAUGGAUAAAAUUGUGCAAGGGUUUGAGCAGCAAGAAAAAGGAGCCUCAGCCAAAGUGGCAGCUAAUCAGGACGCAGAGAUAACGCAAGGCAGUGCGGAGAAAAAAUUAAUGGUAACGCAAGGUGCAGCUGCAUUGGCACCUAGCGAACAAACGGCAAAUGAGAGUAACACCCAGCCGAGAGAUCAGGCAAUUAGCAGAGAGCAAGAAAAGCCUGUGUCGAAGCUAAGAAGAAAAUUUGAAUUGAAGUAUAGAACUAUUACAAGAAAGCUGGAAGUAAUAGAAAGCAGAUUGCCAACUGCGAAUAAAAGUUAUUUAAAUAUGCAAUGGCUGGCGUUGCAAUCAGAGUAUGGACAACUGGAAUCAAUAGUGGAAAUAAUUAUUGAUGAUGAUGACGAAGAUGAUUUAGACAUGAUUGAAGCUUGGGACUGUAUCAGGGAAAGAUACGUGGAUGUCUGUGUGGAAAUUGAAGAACGUGUGGAAACAAUGCAAAAUACAGGAUCAACAAGUUUAAUUAGAUUGGAAGAGUUAAAAGUGCCCAUAUUCAGUGGGUAUAUCAACGAUUGGAAUUCCUUCAAAGAAAUAUUUACAAAGUUAGUAGAGGAGGACAGAAGGCUAUCGGAAGUCGAAAAAUUUUAUCGACUUAAAAGUGUGGUGAAAGGUGAUGCUGCUCGCUUAAUACAACAUCUUCAAGUGACAGGGGAGAACUACAGUGCGGCAUGGAAGAUACUGGAGCAGAGAUACGAUAACCGGCGGCUGUUAUUCUGCACAUUGUUUGACAAGAUCAUCGACCACGGCAUAAUAAAUAUUCAGUAUAGCAACAGUAUAAAGCAGCUAUUGGAUACGGCUACGGAAUCAUUACAUGCAUUGAAAGCUAUGGGAAUGAAGGUAGACGAGGCAGAUCCAUUCAUUGCUCGGAUCCUUAUUAGAAAGCUAGAUAAGGAAGGAUUGCUGAAAUAUGAGCAAUGGGUCCAGAAAUCAAAAGAAGUCCAAAGGCUAGAGGAUGUCCUGUCUUUUCUGGAGCAGCAAUACUUGGCUUUGGAAGCGGAAACUCAGAGAUCAAACUCCAAAGCUCAAUUAACUAUGGAAGGCAAUGCUGUCACUCUGUUGGCAACAGCACAAAUACGAGUAAAGGCUGCAAGUGGUGAGCAAAUUUUAAUGAGAGCCUUAAUCGAUCAAGGUUCUCAACGCACUUCAAUAUCGGAAGAGGCAGCCCAAAUACUGAGGUUACCCAGAAAGAAGUUAGUUACAGAUUUAGUGGGUCUGGGUAACACGACAGUCGGCAGAUCAAAAGCCAUCAUGCAAAUUGAAAUCAAACCACGGUUUGAGAGCGAUGCGGUUCAUGUUAUAAAUGCUAUGGUGUUGUCAACAUUAUCUUCAGCGCAACCUGAUAGAAAUUUGAACGUCAGUGUGGAGAGCUGGCGAAAUUACUGUUUGGCUGAUCCGCUGUUCUAUAAGUCCGAUAGAAUUGACUUAUUAAUUGGUGCAGAUUUAUAUCAUGAAAUCAUUCAAGAAGGGGUAGUCAAAAUUGGCUCUUUGUCUGGACAAGAGACGUCACUUGGUCUCAUAAUCUGUGGUUGCGUUUGCGGACAUGAAUCUGGAAAUGCCGUGAUGGCGGUUACGAAAGAGCUGGAAAGAUUUUGGGAGAUGGAGGAAGUAUGUGAAGAUGACGACGUCAAGGAAGAUCGAUGCGAGCAGCUCUUUACAACAACAACAACAAUAAAUGAGGAUAAGAGAUUGGUGGUGAGAUUGCCGUUUAAGGAGGAUAUCGAGUUGGGCGCAUCAAGGAAAAUGGCGUUAGCACGUUUUUUAAAUCUUGAAAAAAGAUUGGAAAAGGAUGAAAAGUUACAGAAACAAUAUUGUGCUUUUAUGAAGGAGUAUUUGGAGAUGGGGCAUAUGAAAAAGGUCUCAAGAAGAAAUAGUGGAAAGUACUAUUUACCACAUCAAGCGGUGAUAAGAGAAAGCCAUCUUACAACAAAAGUUCGGGUGGUAUUUGAUGCUUCAGCCAAGACAUCGAAUGGUAAAAGCUUAAACGACGUACUUGAAAUUGGUCCAAAACUACAACAAGAUAUAUUUCAAAUUCUAUUGAAAUGGCGAUUAUGGAGAUUUGUCUUGGUAGCGGAUGUGGAGAAAAUGUAUCGACAAGUGUUAGUAGCAGAUAAAGAUCAGUCAUACCAAUGCAUAUUGUGGCGCGAGAAUAAACAUAUGCCAAUUGAGGAGUUUGCGCUAACGACUGUUACCUACGGAACAGCAUGUGCUCCAUUUCUGGCAAAACGAGCUCUAAUUGAAAUUGGAAAAGAGUGCAGCGAACGGAAUCCAAAGAUUCAAGCCAUCAUAGAAAAUGAUUUUUACAUGGAUGAUUUGAUGACAGGUGCUGAUUCAGUACAGGAAUGCAUUGGAAUUCAUCAUGACAUCAGCCAACAAUUGGAUAAGUUUGGUUUCAAGCUGCGUAAAUGGAUGUCUAAUGAAAAUGACAUAUUGGAGGCAAUACCAAAUGUUGGCGAAAAUCAAGUCAUUAGGAUUGAGGAAGGCGAAACAAUGAAAACGUUGGGUGUUCAAUGGGAUCCCCAUACAGAUAAUUUUGCUUUCUAUUUUCAGAUCAUUGAAGAUAACAAGUUGACUAAGCGGAAGGCGCUUUCCACACUGGCCAAGAUAUAUGAUCCUUUGGGUUGGCUGGCUCCUGUAACCAUUCUAGCCAAGCUAUUCAUUCAGCGACUAUGGGUAAUGGAUAUGGCAUGGGACGACCAGUUAAGCUCUGAGAUGAUAAAGGAAUGGGAUGUCAUCAUGAGGAAAUUGCCCGACUUAGCAGAAAUCCGAAUACCGCGUUGGUUGUCUACCUCAUCACUAAUGGAAAUAGAACUGCAUGGUUUUGCUGAUGCUUCGGAAAAGGCGUACGCAGCUGUCAUAUACAUCCGGGCCGCAAACAAAGUUACGUUGGUAGCAGCAAAAUCUAAGGUAAACCCAGUGAAAAAUAGGAAAACACUGCCAAAACUUGAAUUGUGUGCAGCGCAUCUGUUGGCUAAAUUGAUGCUUAAUGUGGAAAAGUUAAUAGUCCAAAAACAACAGAAAUAUUUAUGGAGCGAUUCAACUAUUGCUCUAGCAUGGAUCGCAAAGGCUGAAAAUAUUAAAGACAAAUUUGUUCGGGUUAGAGUAGAGGAAAUUAAGAAGUCUGUUCCUGGUGCCGUAUGGGGUCAUGUGCGAUCCAAGGAGAAUCCAGCGGAUGCUGCAUCAAGAGGGAUGAAGCCAGAGCUGCUAAAAGGAGAUGAGUUAUGGUGGAGUGGUCCACAUUGGCUGCUGGAGAAAAACAAUUGGCCCAUAUCGACGGUUCAACCCUUUGUUGGAGUUCUAAAGGAAAAUAAACAGGAAGACGAUGUCAUCAUGCAGUUAAUUACGAGGAUUUCUAGCUACAAAAAACUCAUAAGAAUUAUAGCAUAUGUGCGAAGAUUUAUUGAACGUGCUCAGCGUAAACCAGGAAAAAAUGAAUUAACUGCGGAAGAAAUAAACGAGGCAGAGCAAUUAAUAAUUACGAGCGUGCAGGCAAACCAAUUUUCGUUAGAGAUUUCGUGUCUAAGGAAUGGCAGCGAAGUACCGACGAGGAGCAAGAUAUGUGGACUAACACCGUUCAUUGAUGCAGCUGGAGUGUUGAGAGUUGGAGGCAGGCUGGAGAAUUCUGGUUUAAGCUUCAACAGAAAGCAUCCAAUUCUAUUGGGGAAAGGUUGUCUGGUGGAUCGAAUAAUUGAUGGCAUCCAUACAGAAACGCUACAUGGAGGUGCGAAACUCAUGGAAAAUGAACUACGCAGCAGAUAUUGGGUGAUUGGUGCCAAAAAUGCCAUCAAGAGAGCAGUUCGGUCAUGCGUCAAAUGUUUGCGUUAUAGGCGAGAAACUGCGGCUCAAUUAAUGGGUAACCUACCAGAAAGCAGAGUUUGUGUGUCUCAUCCAUUUGAUCACACAGGAAUUGAUUAUGCAGGUCCUAUUCAAAUGAAGGUGUCUAAAGGAAGAGGACAGCGAGCUUACAAAGGAUACAUAGCUGUAUUUGUUUGUAUGGCAACCAAAGCAUUACAUUUGGAGGCAGUCAGCGAUCUAACAACAGAAGCGUUUUUGGCUGCGCUACGGCGAUUCUUCAGUAGAAGAGGAAAAAGUAGCCAUAUAUAUUCGGACAAUGGCACUAAUUUCGUGGGAGCGGCAAGACAUCUGGAUAAAGAGUUCGUCAAAGCGGUGCAGCAAAAUUCAGACGUGGCUCAUAUAUUAGCAUCUGAGCGAAUACAGUGGCACUUUAUUCCGCCCGGAGCUCCUCACUUCGGAGGAUUGUGGGAGGCUGCCGUGAAGUCUGUGAAGCACCAUUUGAGACGGGUUGUUGGUGAAACGAAAUUAACGUAUGAGGAAAUGGCAACGUUUUUGUCGCAGAUAGAAGCUGUUCUCAACUCUCGUCCCUUGUGUCCACUCAGUGAGGAUAACUGCGAGAUUUUAACGCCAGGACAUUUUGUAGUCGGAAGACCAUUGCUAAGUAUUCCAGAAAGAGGCGUGGAGAAUAAACUGGGAUCUUUAGACAGGUGGAAAAUAAUUCAAAGAAUGCGGGAUGAUUUCUGGAAACAGUGGCGCAAUGACUAUCUGAGUAGUCUUCAGCAGAGAGUAAAAUGGAAAACUCCAGUACCAAAUAUCAAGGUUGGACAGAUGGUGAUAGUGAAGGAUGAAAAUACUGCUCCUGGAAGGUGGCCUUUGGGAAGUAGUAGUAGUAGUAGUAGUAUGAUUAUAAAAAUUAAUUGA